AUGGCGCGUAAAGGCCCUGGUACAGACGGCCCUCUACAGACAGCCCUUCUAGAAUCCACGUCUGCAGCCACAACAAGAGCUUCUGAAGGACAGAAGAUCUUCAGCCCCAUAGCUGCAUUCCUUGAUAAACACCGCAGCCAAACCACCGGCCUUGCUCCUCACCUACUGAGAGCCCUCACCACCCUAAGCGAUGACCUCGCCUCGGUAGCUCAACAACAUUUCAACGCCUAUAUUAGCGGUAUCUCGACGACCUUCAUUCUACCUGCCCUGUCUCCUUCCCCUUCCUCUUCCCCCAUCCUAAAUCCCUUACCCUCUUCACCCCCUCCCUCACGUCCCCCCUCAGGUCUUAACCAGUCAACUUAUGCGACUAUUACCCAAUAUGCCCCGGUCAAAUCAACCCCCACUACUCACUCUAAAUCCCCUGUUAAAAAGCCUAUGCCUCUGGUGAAACAACCCCUUCCUGACAACCGGCUCUUCCUAGAAAAAUGGAAGCCUACGCCAUCUACUCUAGCCUACGGUCUCAACUAA